AUGCCCGCUGUGUAUUCAGCCCUCGGUGGUCGGGCCGCCGACUUGGCCCCGCACCUGAUCAAGCGCACUCUCACGGUGAACCAUACGCAAGCCAUCACUCUGGGUAUUAUGGCCGUUUAUGUUGUCGUGAUCGCGCUCCUCUGGAACUUACCCUACGUGCGAUGGUCGCUGUGGCCGUUCAAGAUGCUGGUCAUCGCCUUUCAUGAAUUUGGCCAUGCAAUCACCGCGUGCUGCACGGGUGGAAGAGUCAAGUCAAUCUCGCUCGAUCCUCACGAGGGCGGCGUGACCCACAUGCAAGGCGGCAUCAGCGCCGUUACUCUGCCGGCAGGAUAUCUUGGCUCGUCCAUCAUCGGCGCCUUGUUGAUUUUUGCGGGAUUCGAUAUUGUCGCUAGCAAAAUUGCGAGUAUCGUGCUCGGCGUCUGCUUUCUCCUAACUCUGUGGUGGGCGCGGAGAGAUUGGUUGACCAUCAUGACGAUUCUGCUGGCAGUAGGUCUAUUGGUGGCAUGUUGGUUCAUUGCUCACGGCGAGGCCCUGAGAUGGGUUGUGCUCUUCAUCGGCGUCAUGUCUGCCCUUUACAGUGUCUGGGAUAUUUGCGAUGACCUCAUUCUCCGCAAAGUGAAUUCCUCCGAUGCCAGCGUUUUCGCUCGCAAAUAUGGAGGCUCUUCGCAAUGCUGGGGUGUCGUCUGGUCCAUCAUUUCUCUUCUGUUCAUGGCCAUCGGUAUCGUCGGUGGAAUUGCUGCCUUCCCCCAAUCAUUCAGUCAACAGGAGAAUGACUCCAAACACUUCAUUCCUACCUAG